CAUGGCCGCCGCUUCAGCCACCUGGGCGUUUCAGGCACAGGAAAGCCGGGCCCGACCUGGGGGAGGGCUGGAAGCCUUGAGGUUGAGGGGCCUAGGCCCAGUCACCAUGGACAGCUUCUUCGGUUGUGAACUGUCCGGUCAGGCUAGGUCCUACACCUUCAAGGUAGAGGAGGACGACAACACGGAGCAUGUGCUGGCACUGACCAUGCUCUGCCUCACAGAAGAUGCUAAGGAGGAGUGCAACAUUGUGGAGGUGGUAGCCAGAAACAGUGACAAUGAGGAGAUUGCUGUACCAGUGGCCAACCUGAAACUGUCUUGCCAGCCCAUGCUCAGCCUAGGUGACUUCCUACUCCAGCCUCCAGUGACCUUCCGCCUGAAGUCUGGCUCUGGCCCUGUUCAUGUCAGUGGGAGGCACCAGAUUGUAUCUAUGGAGGACAGUGAUCUCUCUGAAGAAGAUGAGAGUGAAGACAGGGACCCAGAACUGCUGCCCAUUCUGCCUGCCAAGAAGAGGCAGGGGAGGUCAUAA